CUCCCAAGUUCCGGAGGACUACCCUCUCCGUAGGUGAGAUGUUGCUCUUCGGCGGUGUAGCUGUUGUCAACACACGUCAAGACUCCCAGCGCACUUCCUCAGCUUCAUCUGCAGCAUGACGACGACUUGCGUUUGGGAGGAUGAUGGUUCAAACCUGUGUUCGGCCAUCCUGAUUCAGAAUUCGGAGCUGUUUACCCUCACAUAUGGAGCACUGGUAUCUCAGUUGAUGAAAGAUUAUGAAAAUGUUGAGGAUGUUAACAAACAGUUGGAGAGAAUGGGUUACAAUAUUGGUGUCCGGUUAAUAGAAGACUUCCUUGCUCGUACUGCAUCUGGAAGGUGUUAUGAUUUCCGUGACACAGCAGAAAAAAUCCAGAUGGGCUUCAGGCUGUUUCUGGGUGUAACCCCUGUAAUUACAAACUGGAGUCCAGCCGGAGAUGAGUUUUCUUUGCAAUUUGAAAGUAAUCCAUUAACAGAAUUUGUGGAGCUACCAGAUCAUUGCCUGACACUGAAAUAUGCAAACAUUCUCACUGGUGUCAUCAGAGGAGCUUGUGAAAUGGUGCAAAUGGAAGUUACUUCAUGGUUUGUACAAGAUCAGCUGAAGGGUGACAGUGUAACUGAACUGCGCAUUAAAUUUGUGAAGAGACUGGAAGAUGCCAUACCAGCAGGAGAAGACUGAAUGAAACCCUUGAGAGUUUUUUGAGAAAUUACAGUAGGCAUCAGAAAAACCUCAUGAUAUUCAACAUUCCAUUGUCCUGCAGGAAGGAGUGGAAGUGCUGUUUUUUUUUGUCAUUGUUUGGAUCAAAACUGUAACACCAAAAACGAGGAGAGGGGACCACAUAUGUGUGGUAUAAAAAGCCCGUGUGCUAUUAUGUUUGUAUUGUGUGGAAAGCAAACCUGAUGUAAUCGUGUGAUAUUGAAACAUCUAUCCUUCUUUGUUUGUCUGAGACAACCAUCAGCGUUAUUUCUUUUUGUCCUUGAAGCACUGUAUUCUGUAUGACAGUAUUUAUGGAGUUUAGAGUCAUUUUUUGGAGAUGCAAGAAGUAUGUUACUUUGUUAGAUAUUGAAUUCAAAUAUAUGUGCUUUCACCUUACUUUAAAGGCAAGUAAGGACUUUUUAUUAAGUAGUUAAUGAUUUGUAUGUUUCCACAAUAUUUGUAUGGUGCAGUAACAAAUGUCGUUUAUAACAAAGUACUGAAAGAACUUCCAGGAAUUUACGAAAUUAGUUGAGGUCAUUAGGCUUUCUCAACUUAUUUUACGUUCUCUCUCUCUCUCUCUCUCUCUCUCUAUCUCUAUCUCUAUCUCUAUCUCAUAUGUAUAUAAAAUUAUAAAAAUCCCCCCCUCCAUGUUCUCCUUCUUUCCUCCACAUAUUAUUUUCACCACCAAAAUUAAACAAGGAGCUUGCUAUAUUUGAUUAUGAAAAAGUAAUAUUUUUGCAAGCACUGUUGAUGUAUAACAAGAAAAAGAGAGUGGAAUGGUGCAAAUUCAUCAAAAAUUUAAAUAGUCUUUAUUUGAGCAGUAGCUACUCAGUUUCCAGAGGAUUUUGUGCUUUUUUUAUAUAGGGAGGAAGGUGGAAAAUUUCUUAAAUAAAUUGUUGGCCUCAUUUUGCAUGUUAUAUUCCCCUGAAACAUGGCAGUUCUUCCUUUGAUAGAUGGUGGAAGAAUCCAUCACAAUGUUUUAUUUGUUAUUUUAUGUUGUAUGAUUUUGUUCAAUAUAUUUUAAAAUUUAAAUGGAGUUUUAUAUGAUGAUGUACCACAAUUAUCUUUUUUCCACAGAUUGUGAAAAUAUUUGAAAUAUUUUUGUCAUUAUAUCAGUGAUUUUUGUUGCAUAUAUAUAGUCAGCUUUGUGCGUAGUAUGUGUAAACGUAAAAGGCUCCCGAUAACUUCCUCAGAUUUGACUCUUGCAGGUCCACUUGGUUAUAAACAGCUUAAUAUGUACCUUGCUACUUAACUGAUUGAGAACUUGGGCCUGAGGCAUAAUUCCAUUUUCUGUGCUGCAGUGCUUUAUAAUUAUCUUUUUUUUCCCUCCUUGAUUUGGGAAAGGAAGAAUGGCAGUUAUUUUUUCAUUUCAUUGAUGUGUUUGUGGUACAUUUUUAUACAACCAUAAAGUCAUAAAUUUCUUGUAUCCAAUUGUAUGUUAAUUUGUUUAUUGUUAAUACAUACAAUGCAAAUGACUGGUUAAAUGUGUAAAAUAAAAUUGGAGACUUGUACCCA